CAUAUGGAAACAUUCUAUGGUUUGCUUUAAUCUUAAUAAUGAAAGUUUUAGCUCCUUGCCAUUACCCAACUAUGAUUAAGUAUUCUACGUGUACGUGCACAUUGGAGUGCGUGAUGAUUGCUUGAAUCUAAUGCUCAACAAUUUUAGUUAUUGUGAAGUGUGGAUUAUGAAAGAGUAUGGCAUAUCCUCGUCCUGGUAACAAUGAUAUAGUUAACGAUUUGAUGCCUAUUUCUUUCUUUAAAGAAAGGAAGAUAUUGUUGGCAAACUUCCUCCUCUGUAACGUUGCUUGUGUGAAUUUGCAAACUUUGGAGAUUACGGAUUUUGAACUCCCUGGUUUCGGUAGAAUAUGGAAUGUGUAUGUAUGCCCGGAGAACCUGCUUUCGUUCAAGGAUGCUGAAGAUGGUCUUGCCAGGGACACGAAGAACGAACGCCAAAAGGCGAAGAUUAAUGAGAAAAGCAAAAAGGUUUUUACAAUAAUUUGCUUCUAUUAUGCAAAAAUAUGAUGUGUGGAGGAAAGAAAAUAGUCACUGGGAGGGAAGUCGAGAACGUUUAGGGAUUGGAAAUAAUGAGCUGAUUCCUUGAUCUAAUUUCGAGUCUUGACCCAUGUAGUGAACGGAUUAGAGGACAACACCUUAUAUAGUUUAUAUUUAUAUCAGUUUGUUUUGUUCUUUGUUUGUGAUGAUCAAUUUCAUAGUGAAACGAACUCAUAUGAUUAUUUUUUUCAAUGGUAUACUUGAGUUUCAAUGUUAUCCUCUAUUUAUAACAACCUUGAAGAUGCAACAAGCUUACAAAGAGAGCGAUUUAAUUACUUCGUACUAAUUUAUUUUGAUUAAUUGUGACAGAUGUGACGUCACGAAUUAUUAAUUAUAUGUUGCCGAAGAUCAGAAACAACAUUUGAUAGCUCUAUACCCUAAUCAUUUUUAAUAGUUCCAAGUUUUUAGAUACCUGUAAAAAUGGACCAUAAUUGAGCACAAAACUAGUUAUUAAUCUUUUUUUCAGUUAAAGAUAACUUUAAUGAAAUAUCAUA